AUGCGGCUGCCCGCGCUUUUCGGGCGGCUGAAGGCGGCGGUCGUCGGGGUGGUGCACGUGGGAGCGCUGCCAGGGACACCAAGAAGUUCUCUUCCGUUGACCCAGAUCAUUGAUCAAGCUUGUCAAGAGGCAGAAGCUUACAAGGAUGCUGGAGUUGAUGGCUUGAUAGUAGAAAACAUGCAUGAUCUUCCUUACACGGUGUGUCCUGGGCCUGAAGUAACUGCAGCAAUGACAGUCAUUAGUGCUGCAGUAAGACAAACCUGCCCCCAUCUCGCGCUGGGUGUCCAGAUCCUGUGUGCUGCGAAUCAACAGGCAAUAGCGGUUGCUCUUGCUGCAGGUCUUGAUUUUAUCCGGGCUGAAGGGUUUGUGUUUUCUCAUGUUGCUGAUGAAGGGAUUAUAAAUGCCUGUGCAGGUAACCUGCUACGAUACAGAAAACAAGUUGGAGCAGAAAACAUUCAAAUUUUUGCUGAUAUUAAAAAGAAACAUAGUGCUCACGCGCUGACGGCAGAUGUCGGUGUGGCCGAGACAGCUUUGGCUGCCGCGCUCUUCCUGGCUGAUGGGGUUGUACUGACUGGCACGGCUACCGGAUUGCCCGCAGAUCCUCAGGAGCUGAAAGAGGUUAAACAUGCUGUGAAGAUUCCUGUGUUGAUUGGGUCUGGAGUGACUCUGGAGAAUGUGAGGUAUUACUUGGAUGCAAAUGCUCUAAUAAUUGGUUCGUAUUUCAAGAAACAAGGUUAUUGGGCAAAUGGUGUUGAUCCUGACCGAGUAAAGAAGUUUAUGGAACACAUAAGUAAACUGAGAGAAUGAGUUUAUCAGCAAACAGUAUUUUUUUUGUGUGGUGUGUAUAAGUGCAGUAUGAUACAUUGUACAGAAUUAAUGCACAAACGUGUGCUUGAACGGCUCAUAACACUA